AUGGAAUUCACUUCACGACUAAAAUCUGUACUAUUUGGUUCGAGAGAAGAUCUUCAAGGAGAUACAACAAAUGAGCAACGUGUCGGAAAAGUUGUAGAAGUUUCUGAUGGUACUUUUAUCGGUGGCUUCAUCCCAAGUAUUGUUGAAAAACAACUAUUUCCGUAUAGCCGUCCGGAGUUUUUGCUUUAUAAUGAGGAUGAAACAAAGUUAUCUGCUGAUCCAUGCGUUCGUCCGGUUGUUUGCCCCAAGUUUCCCAAUCGCAUGCCCCUUUAUGCAGGCUAUGCUGAAGUUAUUAACAGCGGAAAAACCGAAAUGAAUGAAGACCAAGCCUCAGCCCGUGUAUUAUCUCUCAUUCAACAAUGUCAUGAAGCAGAAGAGGGCAAAGGAGUUGAAGUGAAUGGUUACACGGGUGUGCCGACUGAAGAACCUACACCAAUUGAUGAUGAUAAUUCUAGUUCCCCUCUCUAUCUUACCAAAUGCUCUAUUAAUUCGGGUCUUCGAGCUGAGGCUUCCUUUUUUGCUAUUCUGGAUGGCCACGCUGGUUGUUCUGCAGCUGUGGUGUCAAGCAAAUGUCUACACGAGCAUGUUAAGCUCCGACUUAGUCAAACUUUGGAGUUCAUCCUUUACCAGGACCGAGAAGAAUGUCGUGUGAUGGGCAGAUUUCAUUCAUCUGAUUCAUUCUACAAUAUUUGCAAAAUGAAUCCUUCCCAGACUAUCAAGUGCGAUCAAUUAGUGAUAGGGGCUUUACAGUCAGCAUUCGUUGAUAUGGAUAAUCAAAUUAUGGAAGAUAAACAAGUGUGGCGUCUACCUGGUGGAUGUGCUGCCGUAGCUGUACUUGUAUUCCUCGGAAAAGUCUACAUAGCGAAUGCUGGUGAUUGCCGAGCUGUAUUAGUAUGUUCUCAAAGUACCAGAGCAUUAACUACGGAUUUCAACCCAGAAUCUGAGAGAAAACGACUACAAACUAUUGCAUACAAUAAUCCAGAUUUUAUAAAAAAUAAGUUCAGCAGACUUGAGUAUUCGCGACCUUUGUUCAAGAAAGAUUUAAACUCUAAAGUUUUGUACAGAGAUUGGUUCAUGGAUGGGUGGGCGAUGAAAACAGUUCAACCUAGUGACUUGAAACCACCAUUGAUAAGUGAUUCAUUCAAAAAAAAGCGUCUGUUGAACACCAUAGGAGUUUCAAGGGGAUUCGGUGAUCAUCACUUACUAACAGUUGAUGACCGUAUUCCUAUUAAACCUUUCCUUACAUCAGUUCCUGAAGUGGAAGUUUUGGACUUGAGAAGCUUGGAUAGUCUCACUGAUAAAGAUGUGAUUAUUGUGGCAUCCGAUGGUUUAUGGGAUGUGUUGAGCAACGAAGAUGCAGCACUAAUUGUUCGAUCAGCGCUAUCUACUAUCGAUGUUGAUGACCCAAGCAGAUACACUGUAGCGGCACAGGAACUUGUGAUUGCCGCAAGAGGAAAUUUCGAGGAAGGUCGAUGGAUGAUGUCAGCAGGAGGGCAUUCUUCCAACGAUGACAUAACAGUAUUUGUGAUUCCACUCAUACAUUGUAUUGCUCCUCCUGAGUUGAAGAGUGACGAUGAUUCUUUCAGUUUUGGAUCAGAGUAG